AUGCAGCUCGCUGGAAGUGGCAAGUGUUUCGGAACCGGUGCGGUGUUUGGUGUGGUGCUUUUUGGUCUAGUGCUGGCGCAGGUUGGAUCGGGCGAUGCAUUUCUCUCGUUCCGACACGUUGUCACCGAAAGAAUCGCCAAUCAGACCGAUUUUGUGAACAGUGUUCUUAGCGAUGAGCUUCCACUGAAGAUUGUCGAGUUUUCGCAACAUGUCUACGACUGGGACCGUGACACGCUGAAGAUUACUGGAAAGUGGGUCCUCAGUUCGCCCAACGAUGACUAUCUGUAUUUUGUGGAGUAUGCUCAGAAAAUUGACAAAUCGACGGGCUUCAAGGAAAUCCUCGAGGAUCUGAAUUCGAAGCAACUUAUCACUGAUAUCAAGCGAGUGGAGCGGGUAAAGCCGCAAAGUUUUACCUUUGAGAAAACUUUUGUGUUCGGCAAAAAGUAA